GAGGGCGUCAAGACAAACGUCAGCUCCAUAGCAGGCCGAAAGACUGGGAAUUAAUGAAGAUCACUGAUAGAAGGACUGUUGGGUCGAUAAUUGUUUUGGGGAGUGAGGACACUGCAACGUGGUGAUGCUGAGAAAGGGGGAAUGGGUCUGGGUGGACUCGAACAUCGGGGUACCCAUCGGAGCGAGGGUCAAAGUAACGCCAUCCGGUCAAAGGUUGCUGGUGGACGAUGAGGGAAAUGAGCAGAGUCUGUCCCAGGAGCAGGAGGCCUCUCUCAAGAUCAUGCACCCGACAUCAGUGGAAGGUGUGGACGACAUGAUCAAACUGGGAGACAUGACCGAGGCCGGCCUCCUCAGGAAUCUGCUGCUGCGACACAAACGUGGCAUCAUCUAUACCUACACAGGCUCUGUGCUGGUGGCAGUGAACCCGUACCAGGAUUUCCCUUUAUAUUCAAAGGAGCAGGUGAGUUUGUACCACGGUCGGAAGCUGGGGGAACUCCCUCCGCACAUCUUUGCCAUCGCUGAAUCCUGCUACAGUAACAUGAUGCGCCACCUCAGGAACCAGUGCUGCAUCAUCAGUGGGGAAUCAGGAGCGGGGAAGACAGAGAGCACUAAGCUGAUCCUGCAUUACUUGGCAGCAGUCAGUGGUGAACGCUCCGAACAGCAGAUUGAACAGCAGAUCCUGGAGUCCAACCCAAUACUGGAAGCGUUUGGAAAUGCAACAACAAUCCGCAAUGACAACUCCAGUCGCUUUGGGAAAUAUCUGGAGAUCUUCUUCAAUAAGAACGGAGUGAUCGAAGGUGCUCGCGUGGAGCAGUAUCUUCUGGAAAAGUCUCGUGUCUGCCAUCAGGCCCUGCAGGAGAGAAACUACCACAUCUUUUACUGCAUGCUGGCCGGAGUCACAGCAGAGCAGAAGAAAACUUUGAGCCUCCGAGACGCUCAGGAUUACAAAUUCCUUUCUAAGGGCAACUGUAUCGCGUGCGAAGGCAGGAAUGAUGCUAAAGACUUCCAGCGUAUUUACUCUGCCAUGAAAAUCCUGACCUUCUCAGAUAGCCAAUGUCAGGAAAUCCUCAAGCUGCUGGCAGCCAUUUUACACAUGGGCAAUGUCUGCUUCAAGGCCAACACACAAAACAACUUGGAAACCAGUGAUGUCAGCAAGUCAGAACACUUCAGCAUCGCAGCAUCAAUACUGGAGGUUCACAAGUCCACCCUGGCGAUGAGUUUGACCCAUCGUUCCUUUAUGACCAACAGAGAGAGGGUGACCAAACCCCUCAACUCCGAACAGGCGUCUGACUGUAGAGACGCCUUUGUCAAGGCAAUCUACAAUAAGCUGUUCAUAUGGAUUGUUGGGAAAAUCAACGGUGUCAUCUACAAAAGGUUGGCCAAAACCUCCAGAUCCUCCUUCCUGUCCAUCGGCCUGCUCGAUAUCUUCGGCUUUGAGAACUUCGACACAAACAGUUUCGAGCAGCUGUGCAUUAAUUUUGCCAAUGAGAAGCUGCAGCAGUUCUUUGUGGCCCACAUCUUCAAGCUGGAGCAGAAAGAGUACCUGAAAGAGGACAUUGUGUGGAAUAACAUCAAAUUUCAUGACAAUCAGGACAUCCUGGACGUUCUGGCUGUGAAACCCUGUAACCUGCUGUCUCUGAUCGAUGAGGAGAGCCAUUUUCCAAAGGGCUCAGACGUCACUAUGCUGAACAAGAUGAACAAGCUACACUUUCAAGACAAGAGCUACAUCGCCUCCAGAAGUGAACAUGACAUGGACUUUGGGAUUCGCCACUAUGCAGGCGUGGUUCACUACGACUCCAAAGGGUUCCUGGAAAAGAACAGAGAUGCCGUCAGCCCUGACAUAAUCAAGAUGGUUGAAACAACCACUAAUAAGCUGCUUCGUCAGAUAUUUGAGGAUGAGCUUUCAACCAACGGUGUGAAGAUCAGUAACAACACCAAGGUCAUCAUGACACCUAAGAGCUCUCUACGGGCCCAGACUGACAACCGUAAACACGUGGCGACACUGAGCGGGCAAUUCCGUCAGUCUCUGGACUCCCUCAUGAAGGCUCUGUCCGCCUGCCAGCCCUUCUUCAUCCGCUGCUUCAAACCCAACAAUGAAAAACAGUCUGAGAGAUUUGACAGAGAGCUGUGCAUGCGUCAGCUGAGAUACUCCGGCAUGAUGGACACCAUCCGCAUCAGGAAGCUGGGAUACCCAAUUCGCCACACCUUUGAGGAAUUCCUGAAGCGCUACAGGGUGCUCCUGAAGACGACCGUCUGUGACCCCAAAACGGAGACUGCUGCUGCCUGUUGUGAAGCCAUCUGCAAGACAGUGAUUAAAAGAGCAGACGAGUGGAAAGUCGGCAGGACCAAGAUCUUCCUGAGGGAUGCCCAUGACGCCGUCCUGGAGCGACUGAGGGAAGAAGAACUCAGCAGGGUAGCUGUGGUGAUCCAGAGGGUCAUGCUGGGACACAAAGACAGAAAGUCUUUCCUGAAGAAGCGAAGGGCAGCUGUGGUGUUGCAGAAUAAUUGGAGAGCUUACAGGCAGAGGGAAAUGCGAAGAAAGCUCCAGCAGGGGUAUGCACGGCUGGCAUCAAAGAUCCGUGGUCGGAAGAUGCAGUUACAGUUCCAGAGACAGCGAGCAGCAGCAGUCGCCAUACAAAGCCAGGUUCGAGGCUACAGGGAGAGGAAGGCGUGGAAGCAGAAGAGAGACACAGUCAUCCUGCUGCAGGCCUACAGAAGAGGAGUCCUGGCCAGAAGAAUAGCUCAAAAGAUGAAGGAUGAUGCCCUCCUUUUACGCUUGGAGAAAGAGAAACGGGAGCAGAUUGCUUCGGAGCUUCAGGAGCGACUGAAAGUUAUCGCCUCAACACAGCCAGAUGAUGAGGAGCCGGAGCCGGAGCCGGAGCCGGAAUCAAUGUCUGAACCGGAUUCAGACGACCGCUCGUGUGAUCUCACACCUCCUGUGGAAGUGGUUGAAGAGAAAGCACCACAAUCAGAUAAACUUGAGAGUGUUGAGAAGAGAAGCACACCAGAGCUGGUAAAGGAAACCUCUGAUAAGACCUCAGAGCUGGAAGUCGUCGCUCCAGCCUCAAUCUCAACAACCCCCACCCCAUCGCUGGAGGAGGAGGAGAUGGACGACGACUUUGAUGACAGCAGCGAUGAGUUUUCAUUCUUCAGGUUCAGCAUCCUCCACUUCCAGAGCAACUUUGGCCAUACGCACUACAACCAGAGAAUCAAGCAGUCUCUUCUGCCCCACGACGACGAGGGUGACAGAGAGGCAUGUCGAACUGUAUGGUGGAUUAUACUGCGUUACAUGGAGGACAUGCCAGAACCAAAAUCUGUGGACGCCUUGUCUCAAGCAUCCAGCACCAUCUCACGUCAUCUGCCUCAUCGGCAGGGCAGGAGGCUGAGCCACCUGGUGGGGCUGGACCAGAAAAUACUCAGGAGGAACAAGAAAAAGCUCGGAGGUGGAACCAGAAAAGCAUCCGUCAUUCCUGAGGAGUCUGAGAACCUUACGGAGGAUGAGGACAUUUUGAUCGGAGAGGGUCCCACCCUGGAUCGGCCACUCACAUCGGUGGAAAAGCUUCACAUUAUCAUUGCAUACGCUCUAUCGAGACGAGACAUAAGGGAUGAGAUUUACUGCCAGAUCUGUAAGCAGCUGGUGAACAACAAGAGGAAGAGGAGCCGUAUGUUAGGCUGGACCCUCAUGUCCAUCUGUCUUGGCAUCUUCCCCCCCACAGACUUCUUCAUGAAGUAUUUGGAGAGUUUUCUCUGCAGAGGGCCCAAUGGUUACGGAGAUUACUGUGCUGAGCGCCUGCGUCGUAUAGUAGCCAACGGAGAAAGAAAAGAGUUGCCCUGUUCGAUGGAGCAACAGGCUGCCAAGUCCAAGGAGCCCAUAGAUGUGUCUGUGACUCUACUGGACGGCCGCACCGUCAGUCUGCAGCUGGACUCGGCCUCCACCUCUGCUGAGGUCUGUCAAGCUGUGGCUGACAAGAUUGAUCUUCGAGACACGUACGGAUUCUCCCUGUACAUCAAUCUCUUUGACAAGAUGUGGUCUCUGGGCAGCUGUGGGAAGCACGUGUUCGACGCAGUGUCUCAGUGCGAGCAGGAGAUGAGGAGGCAGGGCAUGGCGGAGAAGGACACCCCCUGGAAGCUCUCCAUCCGCAAGGAAGUGUUCACACCGUGGCACGACUGCUCAGUCGACGCCAUCAGCACAGAUCUAAUCUACAGACAGGUCAUCAUGGGGAUCAAGUCGGGAGAGUACACCAGUGACAAGGAGGAUGGAUACGUCCAGAUGGCUGCAAAGCACUAUUACAUCCAGUUUGGCUCUGAGUACAACAAAAACAACGUGCAGAAGGUGGUCGAGGAGUGCAUUGCCACCCCGCUGAUCGAGAACAAAUCUAUGACCAGGUGGAUCCAACUCAUCAGCACAGGACAUUUACAGGGUCCUUAUGCCAACGGGAAGCAGAAAACAGACAGCGUUAAAGGAGAACUGGUCAAAAACGCCCAACACGAAUGGCCCCUGCACUUCUCCAAGUUUUAUGAAGUUACAAUGAUGUCAGGACCUCCUUUACCCAAAAGCAGGUUUGUCGUGGCUGUGAACUGGAGUGGCAUCUUCUUCAUGGAAGGAAGAGACAAGAUACUCCUUGAGCUUCCUUACUUAGAGGUAAAGGAAGUACGCUUGAACAGUGACAGCCAUUUCAGUGUUCAGUCAGUGAGUUUGGUCACAGUCAGAGGAGAGUUUGUCCUGAGGUCUGAUGAAGCUUCAGAAAUGGCAGUGCUUAUAGAAAAAAACCUGGACGGGCUGAGAGAGCGCUCACGGUAUGCGCUGGUUCAGCAGGACAUCAAUAAACCAGAGGACCCCAUGUUCCUGGUUUGUAAACGAGGGGACCUGCUGCUGGCAGAGAAAGAUGAGGAAAGCUCUGAUAAGAACUGGAUCAGUGCAACCAACCAGCGGACCAGCGCCAGCGGUGUGGUCUAUAAGGAUAUAGUACAGUUUCUGCCGACUCUGGAGAAGCCUUCUGACGAGAUGCUGGAACUGCUAAAUCCGGGCCAGAGGAAACCCUCCCCAACACAAAACGUCACACAAAUGGACAAGGCAGUGGCUCCCAUCUCUUUAAAAGAGUUUGCUCUUGAGAACUUCAGGCCUACAGGUAAAGAUGUCGCUCGAAAAGGGGUCAGCAGAGAGAAGCUGUGGGCCAUUUCCAGAGAACCUCUCAAACAGCCGCUGAUAAGGAGCCUGGCCGGCAACUCUGAACUCAGCAACCUGGCCUGCAACGCCUUCACUGCUAUCCUGAAGUACAUGGGCGACUACCCCAUCAAAAACGCUCGCAGCCCCAUAGAGCUGACAGACCAGAUCUUUGGUCCAGCCACCCAGCAUCAUGCUCUGCAGGAUGAGAUCUACUGCCAGAUUAUGAGACAGAUGACCAGCAACAACAACAGGUUGAGUGUGGAGCGUGGGUGGCAGCUCAUGUGGCUGUGUACAGGCUUGUUUCCCCCCAGUAAGGAUUUGAUGAGACACACUCAACGCUUCCUGGAGUCGCGGCCCAGAGACCAGCUGGCUGCUGGCUGCCUGCAGAGGCUGCACGGGAUGCACAGUAAGGAUCCCAGGAAUCUUCCUCCCCAUCCAGCAGAAGUGGACGCCAUCCAACAGAACAGCACCCAGAUCUUCCAUAAAGUCCACUUCCCAAAUGACACACAUGAUAUAUUUGAGGUGACAUCCACGACCACAAUCAAAGACCUGUGCUGCAGUAUCGCCUUUCAGCUCAAACUGAGCUCAGCUGACGGAUAUGGCCUGUACCUGAAAACAUCCAACAAGGUCAUAAGCUUGUCGGAGCACAAAUAUUUCUUUGACAGUUUAAGGCAAACUUCAGAGACUCCUAAGAAAGGAAAGAAAGUGAAAGAAGGUAACCAAGCCAACGCGCCCUACCUGGUGAUAUUUAAGAGGAAGCUCUGGUUCAAUGUGACCCCAGGGAAAGACCUGAUUGCAGACCUCAACUUCCAUUUCCCACAGGAGCUGCCCAGGUACCUGCGUGGAUACCACAGCUGCACCAAAGAGGACAUGACCAACCUGGGCGGGCUGCUCUUCAGAGCCGAAGUAGAUUCAGACAGGUUGCAGUUUGUCAUGAUCCCCAGAAUGCUGAGCAAGCUGGUUCCUGCUGACCAGAUAAAAAUCAUGUCCCCUGAAGAAUGGAAGAAGCACAUCAUCGCCGCCUACAACAAGCAGAGUGGCAUGACGGUGCAGGAGGCCAAAAUCGCCUUCCUGAAAGCCAUUUCGAGUUGGCCAACCUUCGGCUGUGCCUUCUUUGAAGUUAAACAAACGUGUGAAUCCAGCUACCCAAAUAUGCUUUUGAUCGCCAUCAGCAAGCAAGGUGUCUCCUUCAUAGACCCCACAACAAAGGAGCGGCUGAUCAUGCACCCCUUCAGCCGCAUCACAGACUACCACAGCGAAGGCGGCUACUUCGAGAUGACCAUCAGCACUUUGGUGAGGGGCUACAGUUUUGUCUGUGAAACCUCACAGGGUGACACAAUGGAGGACCUUCUUAGAUCAUACGUCACCAUGUACGAGAGGCAGAGGGACGCCUUUAGACCGAGGAAAUCCAUCUUUUCCUGAGGCUUCAAAGGCAAAAGAACAGCUGCUGUGAUUUAUGCGCACUCUUGAUUAAUAUUUUUGCAUUAAUGUAUUUGUGUACUUUAAAUGACUAAAUUGUCCCUGAUACAGAAUGCCUCGACUAAACCAGCUUGUGAUAUUAAAAUUUGA